AUGGUUCGCGGUUUGGUUGUGCUUUCGGUUGUCUUGGUUGCUGCCUACGCUGCCACCCUCCCCUUGAACUUCCAGCAACUUCCAGAGCAACUCAAAGGUACGCAUCCUAUCUUUGUCUUUGUAAUUCGAUUUUUUGAGAAAAAUGUUUUGAAACUUUUGUUGAUACCGUUGUAACCAAGCUGAUACAGUAGUUUAUCAAGGUAUUUCAUCAACAUAAAAUGAUUUUUAAUGAUGAUUGUUGUUGCAGAAGUUGUCCCAGAAGCCGUCACCAAGUUCUACGCUGAAUUGACCGAUGAAGACAAGAAGAUUCUGAAGGAGAUCGCCGCCAACCACGCCCAAUAUGAGAACGAAGACCAAGCUUUGGAGGCUUUGAAGGCCAAGAGCGAGAAGCUCUACAACAAGGCUACUGAACUCCGCAAGCUCUUGAAGGACAAGAUCGACUCUCUCAACCCUGAAGCCAAGGCCUUCGUCGAAGACGUAAGUUUUGAUCAAUUCUAAAGUUGUCGAAGCUUAUAAUUAAAAAAAUUUGAUUAAAAUGUUUUCGAAAUAGCUUUUUGAAUGAGUUUUCUGUUUACUUUUUGACCAAAACUUUCGUUAAUCUCUAAGUUUUUAAUUGUAAUAUUGUACAAUUUGAUUAUAAUUAUGUUAUUAUGUGAGGUAUUACUAUUCCAAUUUUAAAUUAACAUCUGAUCGAUAUCAAUUCCAGAUCAUCGCCAAGCUCCGUGCCUUGAAGCCUAAGACCGGUGAGAAGCCAGACUUGAAGAAGAUCCGUGAGAUCGCCCAGACCGUGAUCGGAGCCUACCAGAAGUUGUCGGACGAUGCCAAAACCAACUUGCAAGCCACCUUCCCCAACAUCACCAACGUCAUCAAGAACGAGAAGUUCCAGCAAGUGGCCAAGGGCUUGAUCAAGACUGAGAACUGA